GGGGGGGAGGGGGGACCUCGGGGGACCUCGGGGGACGAUAUCGUUAUAAAAGGAAAGGAAAAGUUGUAUACCGACAUCAGUCGGGCAGAGACAAGAUGGAGAUGAUCUAAUCCUCUAUGAUAAAUAGAUAAAUAGCCCCUAGUAACUUAGGUAACUAUUCGAAUACUAUGUCUACCUUACCGAAAUCAAUUCGGGAAUUCAUUGUGUAGAUCCUAGAGCUAUCAUGUUGAUUGUUAUGUUAGUUAUCUCUUAUGGAAUUCCCACAUCCAUCAUCUAGUUUAGCUAUGAGGUAGAUACCUAAGCGAAGAAUGCUUGGGGAGGAUUUCCUAAUAGGCUACCUACCACGCCCUUCGUGCGGGGGAAUCAACAUUCAACUCCACUCGAGAACUUGGUUCUUCUUAUCACGAUCUCUCCUGCUAUUCAACACGGCCCAGGGAGACGUAUACAUAUGUUCAUCAUAGCUACCUAAGGUAUAGAUACACCUACCUACCUACCUUAGGUAUCUUGGGUAGGAAUUCAGAAGAUCAAAUUCCAAUACAGACGUCAUGGCCCCCUCAGCGAUCACAGAGACCCUCUCGAGCACCUUGGCGCUCAAAGGUGGAGAUAAGCCAGCGGAGACGGAGGUAGAGGCUGUCAAGCAAAAUGCCGCAGAGGAAAAGGAGAAGACUCCUCUGGAGGCCAUCUCGCACGGGAUGGUGAUGCCGGGAAUUCCCACCUUCCCAUCCUACGCGGCUCACAGGAGGCAUAUCCUCGUGCACAUGGCUGCCACGUUCCGCUUCUUCGCCCGGUCCGGCUUCACCGAAGGACAAUCGGGGCACAUCUCGGUGAGGGACCCGGAGUUUAGCGGCCUCAUGUGGAUGAACCCGCUGGGGCGACACUUCGGCAUGCUCACCGCAGGCGACAUGAUCUGCCUGGACAUCGCGACCGGCAAGAUCGUCGGCGGCAACACCUCCCGGCCCGCCAACGCCGCCGGCUACCUGAUCCACUCCGCCGUGCACAGGCGGCGUCCGAACGAUAUCCACGCCAUUUGUCACGCACACUCGAACGCAGGCCGGGCGUGGAGCGUGUUCGCCCGCCCCCUGGAGAUGCUAAACCAAGACGUAUGUAAUUUCUACAACGCGCACGCCGUGUACGCACGAUACGGGGGCAUCGUAUUCGCGGCGGAAGAAGGGGACCAGAUCGCGUCGGCGCUGGGGGACCGCAACAAAGGGGUGAUCCUCAUGAACCACGGGCUGCUGACGGUGGGCUCGACCGUCGACGAGGCGGGCUUCAUGUUCGGCCUGCUGGACCGCGCCUGCGCGAUGCAGCUGCAGGCCGAGGCCGCCGCCGCCGCCAACGGCCUCCCGAAGCACGUCAUCAGCGACGACGAGGCCGCCUACAACUUCAGGAUGGCGAGCGAGGCCCACGCCCUGUACCGCGAGGCCCAGCCCGACAUCGAGUACGAGCUCGAGGCGGCGGGCGGCGAGGACGCCCUGGCCAGGGGCUUCGAGAACCUGCGGAUGGCGCCGUAAGUGUCGGUCUAGAGUUAUAGCGCCUGCAAGAUCGUAACGUGAAAAGAAAGAAAAUAGAAAAAAGAAAGCCGCGACCCGCUUGUCGGUGAUAGAUCAUUACCUAUCUACCGAUAUCUAUAUUACAGCUUUUGCGGACGAACCAUGAUAGGCGCGGAGAUGAACUGGGUUCGCUAGUCAACUACCUACCAUGACAGGGCAGGGGUAAAAGGGAACGAUAAUAAAUUAGACAGGUCGGCUAAGGGUAAAUGCCCAUUUGGCCCUUAGCGCGUAACGGCGCUUCGUUGGGGGGUAAAGAUCCUUCAUGCAUAGAACGCACAUAUAUGUGUCAUAUCAUGUAUUGUACAUGCAGUUGGGGGUGAAGAACACACAUAGCGACGAUAAUAUAAGGGAAGACGGAUGAAAAAUAUUUCCUUCA